UAUACCGCCUCGGUCGACGACAUUCAUCUGUUUGAAGUAAAUUUAUUUAGGACUAGAUUUGAUCUAAAAAUUACAAGAAAUACUUUUGUUUUUUGAGAAUUGACCCGUGUUGAAAGUGCUGAUAGUCAAAAUGACGAUCGGCAAGAACAACAAAAUGAUCCAGCUCCUGAACUAUCGGGUGCGGAUCGUGCUGCAGGACUCUCGUACUUUCAUUGGCACUUUCAAGGCGUUCGACAAGCACAUGAAUCUUAUUCUCGGAGACUGCGAAGAAUUCCGCAAAAUUAAACCGAAGAAUACCAAACUACCGGAAAGGGAGGAAAAGCGCGUCCUAGGUUUCGUGCUGUUGCGGGGCGGUAACAUCGUAUCUCUAACGGUCGAAGGUCCACCACCGCCGGAGGAAGGUCUUCCCCGCGUACCAAUUCCUGGUGGUGCUCCCGGUCCCGGUAUGGGACGCGUUGCUGGACGUGGAAUGCCAGCCAAUAUAGCCGGUGUGCCUGCCGGACUUCAGGGACCGGUACGUGGUGUGGGUGGUCCGUCCCAACAGCACAUGGCACCGGUCGGUCGUGGCGGACAAGUUUCGGCGCCGCCGCAAAUGCGACCGAUGAUGCCAGGAGGACCACCACCUGGUAUGAUGCCCGGACCGGGUGGAAUGAAUCCUAUGGCUGGAAUGGCUCGCGGAGCACCACCACCAAUGCGGGGGCCACCACCAGGCAUGAUGCGUGGCGGACCUCCGCCAAGACCUUACUAAAAAAAGAGGAGGUAAACUACACAUUUCUAAUUAAAUAUUAAGCGCCGAAUUCACGUAUGUAUUUUUAACGGUACAAAUAAA